AUGGGUGAUACUUGGAAUGGCGUUGACAACUCGGCAAGACGGAAUCGUGAGCAACACGAGGAACACCACGAGGAACAUGAAUUGAACACGUUAGGAAGGGAAUCAACUCAGGUCGCUCCGUCAUCCGAUGCCGGUCUUUCCAGCACGGCGCCGAGAGAAAAACACAAGUUUCAAUGGCGUACUUGGAUAAGGCUCAUUUUCCCUGCUUACAUCCACCAUGUCCCUGUUCACGCAGCCAGGGAUCAUCUUGCCAACGAACGCGUCUUCCUCGGCUACGUUCGAACGUCUUCAGCCCUAGCCAACUUCUCCAUCACGAUUCUCCAGCUUUACAGGUUGAAAAAAGAUCCAGUCCCACCAGGAAAGCUGAGCGACUACAAUUUGGGCAUCCCGCUUGCGGUGGUGACGCUAUUCAUAGGCAUCGCUAUCACGCUUGCGGGAGCAUGGAGAUUUUUUGCCUGUCAGAGUGCCAUGGCCCGCAGAAAGCAGAUCGUCACUAGCGGAAUGGUGGUCCUUGUCUUUCUUCCGGUUUUGGGUCUGUUUCUCCUGGCGCUCCUGAUUCUUACAGUCAUCGUCAAUCCUGAUACAUGA